UCGCUCUCGAGAUGCAACCCAUACGCAGUGUAUAUAAACCCGUCAACAACGACUAGAACGCACAUCGAUGUGUUCGUACUUUGUAAUCCUAAUUUAUACUCGCUUUGUAUUUUAUCUUCGCGUCUUCUUUUUUUGUUUCUUCACUUUACUUCAACGUUACUAUUGUCAAUGUCGAUCCGUAUAAAAAAAAAAAAAACUAUUCAGAAAUUACAUCGAAACUUUCCAUAAUGUCAACGAACUCGUUUAGUUUUAUAUAAUGCAUUAUCACGACUGCAAUUCGCAUAAGGAAUCGGGAAAACCCGAUUGUUCUUAUCGCUGAUAAAAAUAAUCUAAGCUAUAUACUGACGUGAGUGAGUGUCAAUAGAGCGUUUGAUUUAUGCACAGCUAUACCGGUUGUUUUUUGGCCACCAGUAAAAUUCCUUGACGGGGACUGUAAUUUGCCAGUCGACGAUCAUCCGCCCAUGACUCCGAACACGGUGUUGUACUGCAAUGGAUGAUAGCAAGAGAUUUUGGAAACCGAAUCCGAAAUUAAAGUCGAAUUUUUUCAGUAAAUUGUUCUUCUGGUGGUUGAAAGAUUUGUUCUUGCAUGGAAGAAAGCACUCUAUAGUAGAAAGCGACCUGUACGAUACGCUACCGGAACAUCUCAGCGAAACAGUCUGCAAUGAGCUUGAAAAAUCGUGGAAUGAAGAAUUGUCGAUGGCCGCGGCCGAAAGCGAAAAACCGAGGUUCUGGAACGCCAUAAUACGCACUUAUAGACAGGAAUUGUUUAAAUGGUCGUUGUUGUCACUUGCUUGUACCAUCGCAAAGAUCCUGGUACCACUAGUACUAGAGCAGAUUCUCUUGUACUUUCAUCCCGCGUCGACGACAAGUGCCAGCGAAGCUUAUUUUUACGUCACAGCUAUGGUGUUUCUUCUGUUGACAGAGACUAUUACUUGGUGGCAUACCAACAACCUCAUCGUACUGGGAAUGAAGAUGAGGAUAGCUUGUACCUCGCUGGUUUACAGAAAGAUGAUGAGACUAUCGUGUUCGUCCAUCGGCGGAAGCUCAAGCGGAAGGAUAAUGAAUCUCAUGUCCAACGACGUGGGCUAUUUCGAGAUGCUGGUCAUGUUCACACCAGAUCUCGUAAUCGUUCCGUUGGAACUGAUCGUCACGACUCUGAUUCUGUGGCGAUACGUCGGUUAUGCAGCUGUUGUCGGUAUCGCUUUGAUGAUACUUCAAAUAUUUCCGACGCAAGCUAUAAUAUACAAAUUGACGCGGAAGUUUCGGGCGAAACUGAAAAAUCGGAUGGAUCAAAGAGUUUCCAGAAUAAGUGAAGUUAUCGAUGGGAUUCGCGCCAUCAAAAUGUUCGUCUGGGAAAAGUAUUUCGAGAAGCUCGUUUAUCUUCACCGAAGACGAGAAAUCGAAGUCUACGUUAAACUGUCGGUCACGGUAGCAGUGGCCUGUGCUUUGGGCAUUUUCGCGCAUCGAUUGUCAGUGUUUCUUUCAAUUCUAGUCUAUAUACUCGAUCACGGAACAGUCACAGCUAUUACGAUCGUAACCAUGUGCCAGUAUCUUUACAAUCUGCGAAUAUCAAUGACUUUUCGUUUUUACAGUGCCCUUCGCUAUCUGGCUGACGUCAAAAUUUCCAUGAAAAGAAUCGAAGAGUUUUUACUGCUGGACGAGGUCAAAUCGAGCAUUAAAUGCACUAAAACCGAGGAAAAGAACAUUCUGCUGAAUGGAGUGUCAGUUUCAUGGAAAGCCGGGGAAAAAGUUCUAAGAGACGUUAAUCUGAGCUUAAGUCGUGAUAAGCUCUACGUCGUCGUUGGAUCAGUCGGAUCAGGCAAGAGCACGUUGUUAAAACUAAUGUUGGGCGAGCUUCAACCGAUUUCCGGUGAAGUCAACGUCAACGGCAAAGUUUCCUACGCGAGUCAAGAGCCUUGGCUUUUUCCCUCCUCGAUCAAGGCCAACAUACUUUUCGGCAAUGCUUACGACGAUGAGAAGUACAGAAGAGUAACGAGAGCUUGUGCUUUGUCAGAAGACUUCAGUCAACUUCUCUACGGCGACAAAACCUUAGUGGCCGAAAGGGGAUCGAAUCUCAGCGGUGGUCAGUGUGCCAGAGUCAACAUGGCAAGAGCAGCUUAUCAAGACGCGGAUAUCUACUUGUUUGAUGAUCCUCUAUCCGCUGUGGACACCCACGUCGCAAAAAGACUUUUCCAAGACUGUAUCAACGGUUUACUCCGAGAUAAGAUCCGAAUUCUUGUCACGCAUAAUUUACAGUACCUCAAAAAUGCUGAUUCAAUUAUUUUGCUCGCUGACGGUAAAAUUGAAUUUCAAGGGACGUAUUCGGAUUUUCGACAGCAGGAUAAGUAUCGGAGCUACUUGCUCGCGAUCUCGGAAGAAGAAACUUCAACGGUUAUUGAAGAUAAAAGAGAAAAUGAUGUGUCGAAGGUCGUUCCAGACUUGGUUUCGAAGAAGGCUAGGGAAAACGAUGAGCCAAAAGAGACCGAAGAACUGUUGGUUAAAGGAUUCGUUGCCAAGUCCUUGUACUGUAGAUACCUUAAAAAUAUCGGCUCUUAUCCGACAUUGUUCUUCACGGCAUUUAUCUUCAUUUCUUCGAUUCUGCUGGUCUCAGCAUUCGAUUACCGUCUGGUCAUGUGGACCAGACAGGAAGAAAUCGUUUUAAGAAACUCUAGAUUCAAUGUUACACGACUUGAAGAUAACCAGGAGAAGACUUUCUCCUACGUACAAAAUUCGUUACACGUUUGCGGGGCUCUAAUAGCAGCCGUCGCAGUCACGGCAAUUGUCAAGAACAUCGUGUACUUCAAAGGUAUGCUUACUGCCAGUGAAAAUAUUCACAACAGCAUGUUUGCUAGCUUAAUUCGAACCCCAUUGAGAUUCUUCGAUGUCAACCCAGCUGGUAGGAUUUUAAAUCGCUUUACGAAGGACGUGUACAGCAUCGACGAAUCGCUGCCUAAAGUUGGCUUCGAUGCGAUCGAUAACCUGUUCAGUUGCGUCGCCAUAAUACUGCCGAUUUUAAUAGUCAACUGGUGGAACGUGUUUCCAGUGAUCAUAGCAAUAUGUUCUUACUACAGUUUGUGGAGAAUGACAGUAUCUACCAUCGUAGGCCUUAGAAAAUUGCAGAACAAUGCUAAAAGCCCAGUCCUCUCGCACGCAGCCUCGUCACUCUCUGGUCUGUUGACGAUCCGGUCUUGCGGUAGUCAGCAACUGGUCAGCCGAAUCUUCGACUUAUGGCAGGAUCGACACACCUCGGCAUACUACCUAACGAUGAUGUUCGUAACAUCGUUCGCGAGAUGUUUGGAACUGAUGACGUCUUUCUUCUGGGUUGCCGUAGCUUAUGGAAGUGUUGCUCUAAAAAAUGACAACGUUUACAUGAGCGACGUUGGUUUGACGCUACUUCAGCUCAGGUCCAUCGGCUUCCUGAUACAGCUGUCCUUUAGACAGACGACGAAUGUCAUGCAGGAGAUGACAAGUACUGAGAGGAUUUUUCAGUUCAUCGAUCUGGAGAGGGAGGAUGACGCGGAGGUCGAACUUCCCGUUAAAAUUGGUAAAGAAUGGCCGGAGAGAGGUGAAGUCAUUUUCGAGCACGUGUAUUUGAAGUAUUCUAAAGAGGCUGAACCAGUUUUGAAGAAUCUCACUUUUUCGAUCCAACCUCGAAUGAAGGUAGGAAUAGUAGGACGCACAGGUGCUGGAAAAUCGUCCUUGAUAUCAGCUCUGUUUCGCCUGACCAACUUCGACGGCACAGUCUCGCUUGACGGGAUUGACAUCAAGAAAAUCGGCUUAUCCGAUUUACGAAGCCGCAUCUCCAUCAUCCCUCAGGACCCAGUUUUAUUCUCAGCGACAUUGAGAGACAAUCUCGACCCGAAACACGAGUUCGACGACGCGUCGCUCUGGUCAGCUCUGGAGAAGGUCGAGAUCAGCAAGACGUUCGAUAGUCUGGAUCGUUGUAUUGAAAAAGGUGGGCGUGAUCUCAGUGUCGGACAGCGUCAGCUUCUCUGUUUAGCUCGGGCCGUUGUCAAGAGAAACAAGAUUCUGGUGUUGGAUGAAGCUACUGCCAACAUCGAUGCUGCUACUGACGAAGUAAUUCAAAAGACCAUCAAGGUUGCUUUCGAAGAUUGUACGGUGUUGAAGAUCGCUCACAGACUGAAUACGAUCAUGGAUAGCGACAUGGUACUGGUGAUGGAUAACGGAGAAGUUGUAGAGUUUGACCAUCCGUCGGUUCUUCUGCAGAAGAGCGACGGUUACUUUUUUAAGAUGGUACAGCAAACUAAACGAUGAUUUAUUAAUUCCCAAGCGGAAAUAAUCUUAUUCACAUAAUUGUUAAUAAAACUUUAGCUUUUAUUAGCUUUUAUUAGAUUUACAUAACCAUUUAUAAAGUGUGGAAUUUGGACUCUAAUAAUAGUUUAUAACACUUAUUAAUGUUUGAAAGAUUUGAUUAUAUACUUUUUAAUUUUACAAAUGUUUUUAAACUUUUAUUAGGUUUUAAUACUUUUUUGAGUGUGUUAAAUAAUCUCCUAGAAAAAAGCUUAAAACAGCUAAUAACAGCUAUUAGAUCUUACUAGAGUUUACUAGCUUUUAUUAGUAUCAUUGUGUGUUUUUAAAAACAUUAAAACCAAGUGAUUAAAGAAUUUUUUUUUUUAAGAUAUUAGAAGACAAAAAUAAAAGUAAUUUAUAAAAUUUUAUAGUAGUUAUUAGCUUUUUUGGAGGUCACGCAUUUAUUUAUUUUUGUGUCAGAAUAUAUCGAAAAUUGAAUAAAAGCUAAAAAAAGUUAAUAAAAUCUGUAAAAUAUUACUAACCGUUAUUAGAGUCCAAAAUCUACAUAUUAUAAAUCGAUCAUAAAACUUAUUAGCAUUUAUAAGAUUUUUUUUUGUAAAUACGCCUGGGUUAAUGAGAUUUUCGUAUGCAAAAAAUAAUUUGUACGUAAAAUACUUAAUUACUUGUAAAUAUGUUUGUGAAUUAAUGCAUUAAAAAUAAUUGUAAAACAAUAACAAUACGAUAAAAAAGCGUAUAAAUAAACAAUAUCUUUCUUAUAAAAAUCGUCGCGUGAAAUAAUCGAUUUAACGAAAACGCGUGAGUCGCUUUAGAGAUACAUUGUAAGUAAUGACUGCACAUUUGCAUAUAAUUUUUCGUCGCGUUAGAUUAAUGUAUGCACAAUUGAUCACAUGAAAUCAAGCGAUUUUGUCUUGACAGACAAUUAUAAUACGAUUAUCAUAUUUUAGUGGCGUAAAAACUGACUUUAUUAUCUUCGAGUUAUCCAAGAUAGCUUAUUCCCAUCAAAUGACGUUAAAGUUGCCGCGAAUUUCACUCGAGUUUUUCGCGUCGAAGCAGCGAGUCUAGUCAGGUAAAGUCGACGCUUGAUCGCCGACAAACGAUGCAGCGAUGAAAAACACUGAAAAAAAUUCCAAGCCAAAUCCGAAGAUCAAGGCAUGCUUUAUUAGUGAGUUGUUUUUCUGGUGAGUCUUGUAAAUUUUUUCACUUUGCUUUUCAAUCUCUUUUUAUAUUUCGAGCACUUGAGAUUUUGGGUUCAUAGGUUCAUAUAAUUUUUGGAAUAAAUAAACUCGUAUAAUAUGCAUUGUUACAAAAUCAACGAAGAUUAUGAACUUAAUUGAUAAGAUUUACUGUGUGCAAUGACUACAUUUUGAUGUAAUGUUUUUAUUCGACUUGUUUUGUUUGAGUUGAGAUUAAAAAGUUUCAAAAAUAA